GCGAGGAGCUGGGGGCGAGGGACUAGGAGCGACCCCAGGAAGGGUGAGGGGUGAGGGGCGACGGCCGGGACCUGGUCCGCGCCACGCGGCCGCCAUGAAACUGACACGGAAGAUGGUCCUGUCCCGGGCCAAGGCCUCGGAGCUGCACAGCGUGCGGAAGCUCAACUGCUGGGGCAGCCGUCUCACUGAUAUUUCCAUAUGCCGGGAGAUGCCCAGCCUGGAGGUGAUCACGCUCAGCGUCAACAGCGUCUCCACCCUGGAGCCUGUGAGCCGCUGCCGGCGCCUGAGCGAGCUGUACGUGAGGCGGAACCGCAUCCCCAGCCUGGACGAGCUCUUCUACCUGAAGGACCUGCCGCACCUCAGGGUGCUGUGGCUGGCCGAGAACCCGUGCUGCGGCUCCAGCCCCCACCUCUACCGGAUGACCGUGCUGCGCAACCUUCCUGGCCUGCAGAAGCUGGACAACCAAGCGGUGACUGAAGAAGAGCUGGCCCGGGCGCUGACGGAGGGAGACGAGAUCACCGCUGCCCCAGAGAGAGAGGGCGUGGGCAAUGGCCACCCGGAGCCCCCCUGCACGCUGAGCUCCAUCAGCUCCAGCCAGGAGACCAGUCAGGACCCGCUGAGCUACGUCGAGGAGGCAGACAGCAGCCAGGGCCACCUCAGCCUGAAGCCCUCUGCCAAGGACCAGUUUCCAUCCUUCUCACAGAGGGACAUUUCAAGCAGCCACAAGAACAGGAACGUGCUGACGGCCAUCCUGUUGCUGCUGCGGGAGCUGGACACAGAGGGGCUGGAGACCAUCCAGCAGGCUGUGGGCAGCCGACUCCAGGCCCCUCACCUGCAGGAGCUGCGGGAGGAUACAGAGUGACCACCAGCACGGCCACAGCUUGGGCCCUCCAUGCACUCCACCCCUGGACCCUGCUCCGUCCUCAAGCUUGGCCCCACCGGGAAAGUCUUCUCCGCUCGCCACACCAGGCGAGGUCAGGCAGGCCGACCCGGCUGCCUCAGACUGUCCCAGGACUUGCUCUGGGGCCUCCGGGUCUGGAGGCCUCCGUGGGCUGUGCUCACCAAUAAAGCUUGUUCCCGUCUGCCCUGGAAGCGGCAUCCCCUGAGCGGCAGGUGCCACCUCGACCUCAGAGGUAAGUGCGUCUCGGCAGCUGAGGGAGUGUCCUCAGUCGCUGGGCAGGUCCUGCCACCCAGGGAGACGUCCAGAGUGACGGCACCCUAGACAGCUGCCCCGCACCUCGCCGCACCACGGCCACCGCUGCCAGCCAAAGGCGGUUCCCACGGAAGGACGGGCAGGACAGCCGUCGCUUUUCUUUCUCUGACCCCUUUUAAGCACCCUGCAGCAGGAGGCAGCGGGUGCUGAGCCAGAGUGAGGGACAUGGCCUCAGGCCACCAGUGUGGCCAUGGGCAGGUAGGUGCAGGUUGCACCCACGCCUCCCUCUGGAAGGGUCCCAGGCCUUACAGGGUGCUGGGGGCCCAGUGGGAAUGCCACAGCCUGGGGCCAGCCUGGUGUCCCCAGGACCAGGAUGCAUCCCACUUAUAAAGGAGCUGCGGGGUAGAAAGCCAGCCCAGAUGGCGGGGCAGCGGCUGGGUGGAGAGCAAGUGUGCCCCUCUCCCGCCUGGGGCUGCGGCCACAGCCGUGAGGCAGCCGUCCCUGCACGACCGAGAGCACAUGGGCUCAUGGGCCAGCAAUGGCCAGCAUCCUGAAGGCCGGGGACUUGCAGAUGGCCAUGCCAUUACUUGGAAACUCAUAGAGGCCCUUGUGCUGGACUUGUGGAGGGCCAGGGCGGAGGCAGGGACCUUUGUGGGUGGGUGACCUUGUACGUUCUUCAGGACGGAUGUGACCUCUGAGGGUGGAAACCAAGGAGUCGCUGUGUUGGGGAUGUCUGGUGUGGACACUUGACUUCCCAAGGUGCCAGAGGCUCUCAAUAAAGCCAUCAUCUUUAGAACA